CAUAGGGAAGCGAGGGAGGAGGACGCUAGGCAUGAGGCUCAAGCUCGACCUCAGCGAUUUUUUGGAGGACGAGAGGAAGUUUUCGGUGCUGAAGGUGAAGCCGAAGGAGACGAAGACGGUGCAGGAUGUGAUCACCAAGAUAUCCCAGCUCUUCAGCGUCCAUGGCGGCGAGGAGGAGGGUGAGGAUGAGGAUGGGCGGCCUCGCUUGGGGCUCUUUGACGAGGGCUUCUACAUCCUCCCCAAUGAGACGUCGGCUGUUCUGGAGGAUUCCGGCGUCCUCAAACUCAGAUCUCUACCAAGGCCGACCACCAAAGGGAAGAAGAAGAAGAAGGUGAAGAAGGAAUCUGUGCCAAUUGUGGUUGUGGACGAUGGUGAAGAGAGGCGGGAGAAGACGCCGCGGGGGGAGAACGAGGCGGAGAAGAGAGGCACUGGGCAACAGGAGGGGAAGAAGAAGGACAAAAACCGAGGGCAGGUCAUAUUGAAGGAGGAGGAGGAGGAGGAAGAGGAACCACGGAAGAGCAGCAAGAAGCGGAAGAGGUCCCAGCUUACCGAGGAUGUGGAGGAGGUGCAGGGACGGAAGAAGAGUCGGGUGGUGGAGCGGGAGCCUAACGUGGAAGAGACGAGGGAGGUGGAGCAGGCGGAGGAGAAGAAAAAGCGGAAAAAGGACAAAGCCAACCGUGAAAUCUCCAUCGUUUACACAUCCGUCGAGAAAGUGAAGGGGAAGAAACAGCAACAACAACAACAACAACAGCAACCCUUUAAGCAUUCAUAUGACGCGGAAGGAGGCCACAGGAAGAGCCAUCAGCGAGUACCCACAGUGGAAGCAGAGUGGAAGUCCCCAGAGCCUCAUCUCGUCGAGCGGAAGAAGCGGAAACUCAAGGAGGACAAGGGUGGCGAUAGCUCAUCCUCAUCCUCGUCCUCGAAGGGAAAAGUUGCCACCACCACCACCACCAGCAGCUUCCUCACAACACUCGACAGCAACACCUCAAGCAGCAGCAGCGACUUGGAGGUGGACGACAGACAGUUAGUGAGUGACUCCUUGGGGGAUCGUAACAAACACCAGGGCGGGGACAUGUUAACCAAGAGGAAGAGGAAGAGGAAGAGAAAACACAAUAAGGGUGCAAAAGGGCAGCUGGACUCCGCCACCACCAGCCCCUAUACCCCAGACCAGCCCAGUAGCUUUAGGGGUGACGGGAACGCUGCGAGAGGUGUAGGACGGGCCGCCUCAUGGGGAAUGGUGACGCCGAUGGGUUACCCGCAGACGCAUGUCAUUUUCAACAGCGAGGACGAGGAGGUGAGCAUCACAGACCAGGAACCGUACCAGCGCAAAAACACACGAUCGUCCCGCACUGCAACCUCAGGACAGACCUCGCAGGCACUGGCCACACCACGCCCAUCCAUAACCGGGCGUGUAAGGGAUAUAUCCAGGGAGAGAAGGCCGUGUAUAGCUUCACCCACAUCCCCGAGUGGAAUCAUACAAGGCAGACAUAACUCGCCUUUGCUCCAGAACACGGACAUGGAGGUUGGUGAGGUCGUGCGCGGCGAUAGACACUCCCCGCCGUACCCCGUGUCAGGCAGGGGGCUAGUGCAGAAACGGCCCGCCCACAACAGCAUGGAGGAGCUGGCAACGCUGCGGAAGAUAUGCGAGAGCAACACGAUAACAAUAUGCAAAGCGGACGGGCAGAGAGAACCGCCAAAACCGAGAAUGGGGUCAAGGCCUUCUCCCACUCCGUUGUCCUCCCCCCUUGCACGUGCCCCGCCCUCCCCACCACCCUUGUCAUUCCAUGGGAGGCGCGACAACAGACAUAGUGGUGCCUUACAGAAUCUGGCAGCCAUGAAGAAUAGAACCACGCCGGAGGUCUUCUCUGGGGUGCGGGCGGCCGGCGUGAGAUCCAUCAGACGACGCAGUGGGGCAGCCAUACCCCCAAGACCUCCACUGACAAACGGGAGUUCAGAACCAUCCGCCAGGACCCCCAGCUUAGAACCACAUGCCAGAACCACCAUGAACUUUGAACAACAUACCAGAACUACAGUCAACUUAGACCCACCCACGAGACCCACCAUGAACUUAGAACCAGCAAGCACCAGAACCAGCAAUGUCGAACCACCUACCACCAGAACCGCCACUGCUACCACCACCUCCGCCAGUUUACCGGAUGACGACCCACUCCAGAUCUUGUCCAGCAACUUGAGCGAGAUACGAAACCAGUACAACCAGGAACGCCGGCAGCCACCAUCCGCAGGGCGUCGACCGGGGGCGCUGAGUAACUCCCUGGGUGCUCUCCUUUCUGGUAUGAGAAUGAGGUACGAAAAUGACACGGAAGGCUCAUCGUCAACCACCCAGGGGAAGGAAGUCGGGAUGCCACCUCAAACCACCCCAGGGAAUAAAGUGGAUGGUGGUAAGGAAGGUUCUGAUCUCUUGGUUCUUGACUGCGAGGACGUGGAUGGCAGUGCGACGAUGGGUUCAAGAGAGAGGGAAGUGACGCCGGAUAUCUACUGUGUGUCGCCGUCCAGCUCGCCAAUACCACAGCCUCAACAGCAGAUCAGCAAAUCCACACCACAGCCGAAUGUCCCCCAGGCUAGGCCACAGCAAGCCAGCCCAUUCAAACACCCACAGCAGCAGGGUCUCGCAUCUCAACCCACACAACACCAGCCCAGCCAAUCUAGACUCCAACAACAGCUUAACUCAAUCAGACCUCAAGCCAGCCCGAGAUCAAGCCCUCAGACCAGUGUACGACCAUCACCACAGGGAAGUCAACCUAGACCACCACAGCCACAGGGCAGCUCAAAUAGACCUCCACAAUCAUUUAAAUUACCGACACAACAGACCAGUAGCCCAGGUCUCUUACAGCAACCUCACCCAGCCAUGCUACAAACCAACCCAGCCAUAUCACUCCACUUGGCGAACGUAGGUGUGACAGUACAUCCACUUAGACCGUCUGGUCCAGCGCAAACGUCCACUCCGUUUCGACCAAUGCAGCAGAGUAACCAUGUGAGGCCUAUGCAGCAGGGUAGCCCAUCCACGUCGCUACAGCCUAGACCACAGGGUGCGGCCCCGAGCCCUGCGACCUCCAAGUGGGCUGACGAUGAUGAUAUAGUUGACCUAGAGAGUGAGGACCAGUUAGAGGAGGUGCCAAGUAAGACCAGUUUCACGGCAGCGCAACCACCUCCACAAACACCACCACUCCGCCAACCACCACCACUAACACCGAUCUCAACCACGGCAACCGAACGGACGCUGAGCCGAGAUAAGGAUGGUGUCGUGGUCAUGGAUUACGCUGAAAACAGAAAAGGGGACAGUGCCGCAACCCCCACCAGUGUCUUAGGGAACCCAGACAAAGCUAACGUACCCGCCUCUAGGCCCAUGGAAGGUAGUAUGAGCACUGGGCAGUACAUUGCGGACAUCCUCGAGGACUGUGAGAUGGUGGGGCCGUCAGGUGGUAGUGUGAAGGGUGGGCCCGGAGAUACAGUUCCCAGAGACACAUCCCGCCCUACGCACUGCACCGAGAUUGUGGACGACGACGAUGACAUUGUGCUGGAUGAGGAUGAGGUGAUGCUUGACGAAGAGGAGGGAGAGGGUGAGGAAGAGGAGGUGGAAGGGGAAGAGGAGGAGGGCGAGGAUGAGGAGAUGGAAGAAGAGGAGGAGGAGGAGGAGGAGGAAGGUGAAGGGGAAAUGGUUGAAGAAGAAGGAGGAGAACCGGAGAUGAUUGAGGAGGAGGAAGGGGAGGCGGAAAUAGUCGAAGAGGAGGAGGAGGAGAGAGAAACAGCGGAGGUGGUUGAGGAGGAGGAAGAGGAAGGAGAAGAAGCUGAAAUAGUUGAGGAGGAGGAGGAUGUGGUGGAGGAGGUACAGGAGGAUGAGGACGAAGCAGACAUAUAUGCCAACAUGGACGGGGAAGAAGAGGAAGAGGGGGAGGAGGAGGAGGAGAUAGAGGACCAAGAGCUCUCUGAUGUGGACUAUGAAAUCAUCGAGGAGAGUGACACUGAGAGAGAGCCAAUCAAACCCACAUCUCAGGAGGGUGUCGAUAAAAGUGCCAACUCUAACAGGACUCUAGGUGGCACUCCUUCAUCCACGACCUUUCCCUCAUCAACAGAAGGUAAGAAAGACACACCGGGAUCUGACUCCAGGACGCUAAAGGAUGCGGUAGAGGUCGCACCCAUCACCGCACCUCUCGCCACACCAGCAAAGUCCCCACAAGCCACAAAGCAACAGGAAGCCACACCCGUGAUGGAAAUCCUUGAUGAUGACACACCUUUCGCCGCACAACCUAAGGAAGCGUUACCUGUCCUACCAAAGUCGUUAGAGGUCAAGCCCGUUCAAGUGAAGCUCCCCGAACUGACGCUGAUCAAACCCAAGCCAGUGGAGGUGACGCCGGUGAAGGCAAAGGCGUUAGAAAUCAUUCCCGUCGAUCUCGAGUCGCUGGAGGUCAAAGCAAUCGAUAUCACGUCGCCCAAAAGUGUCGCCUCUCCCGUGAAACCCAAAUCACCGGGAACCGAAACUGUGAACGCCAGGACACAAAAACCUGCCGAACCUGAAUCUCAAGACAUAAUCGCAGUGCAGAAAGUCGCGUCACCCAAGGAAACAGCCUCAUCCAGCACCCCAUCCAAGCCUGGUGAUAAGACCGAGACGCAGAACAAGGAGUCCGAACCAACAUCAUCCGCUUCAAAACCAUCCACUGCAGCCACCACCACAACAGCAACUACUACUUCCGCAACUGCCCAGGAGAACGAACGGAUGAAGGACCUGCUUAUCCAGACCUUAAAGGAGGAUAUGGUGAAGGAGAUCAAGUCUACUAAGGUAAGUGAGGGGAUGGAGGUUGUCCCUAUAGGCUCGGUGUCCAUGCGGCGGCGUUCACCCUCCCCGGAGAUGAUCGAGGUGACGCCCGCUUUGCCCGUCAACACCAGAGCGCAGGACACACACGUACACACACUCAUACACCACACGACCAUCACCAACAUCGUCCCGUCACCCGCCAUGUUGCCACCCCCUCAACACCCCCAGCACCCUCUUCCUCACAGCCAGCAGACCCCACAGCAGAUACAACACCAUGCCCCAUUCCGACACCCCUUCUUACCGUCGUUCCCACACCACCACCCGCAUUUCGGUCUCUCCCCAACACUCCACGCCCCAUACUUCUCUCUCCCGGCGCAGUUUGCUCUCGGACAGCUCAUGAAUCAAUCCUUGUACCAGUCCCUUCCGUUCCCUGCACCCCACCCUCACCACCCUCACGGCACGCCACCCCACGCCUCCCAUCAGCCUCGUGUACCGAAUCACCCCUCUGUGGCUGCCCUAAGAGGUGCGCCAAUACGAGCAGGUGCGUUUAAUCAGGCCCUGCAGCAGGCGCACCCCUCGCACCACCAGCAUCCCCUCUUGGGCCUUCCACUGUCCACGGUAAGGCCUGGAGGUUCGCCACAGCAGCGUCACCUCAUGGCUAUGGUCGCACAGCAAUCGUACCAAUUCCCACAGCAGAACCCUCAUUUUUAG